AUGUGUCUUCGAAAAAUAAGUGUAAUCUUUCUUGUUUAUAUAAGCCACUGCGUGGACAGUGCAUCAAUUCUUGCUCUUUUUUCCUCAUUGUCAUUCUCCGACCACCUCGUCUUCAGGGGAUAUGUAUCUUUACUCGUUCGUCAAGGCCAUUCGGUGGUCCUUAUGACACCAUACCCAGGACACUUCCCGCCGCAAGAAAUGGAGAGGAUCGUCGAACUAAACGUCGGUAUGGAGUCUGCGCCGUAUUGGGAUGAGUACAAACGAUUAAUGACUGACACAGAUGACUAUUAUUAUCGUUUGAAGGAUAUAAAUGAAUUUGGACUAAAGCUAGCUAUAGCGCAAUUGAAGUCGAAGGCUAUGUCAUCGUUAUUGAUAAACCCUAAUGUGAAAUUCGAUUUGGUUAUCACAGAAGCAGAUGUCCCCCUUCUGUAUGCUGUUGCAGAAAAAUAUCAAGCUCCACACGUAUCUAUUACUCCAACUAUCGGCAAAGUUCACCAAUACGAGAGCAAAGGGACGCCCAUCCAUCCGAUUCUUUACCCAGACGCGAACGUAUUGAACUACAGGAACCUGACAAGAUGGCAGAAAAUUUUGGAAUUCUAUCGCCAUUAUCAAACCAAAACGGAGUAUUACGACCAUUAUUUGCCUUUAUGCGAAACAGCUGCGAAAAAAAUGUUUGCUCUAAAACGACCUCUCAUUGAAGUCGAGUACGAUAUAGAUAUUUUGUUGGUCGCCUAUAAUCCUGCCUUGAUUGGUAACCGACCGACACCGCCGGCCAUCUCGUUCGUCGAUCGACUUCAUAUAAAACCAGGUUUUCCAUUGCAACAGGGCUUAAAGGAUGUUCUAGAUUCAGCAGCCAAAGGUGUAAUUUACUUCAGCUUCGGUGCACUUCAAGAGGCUGAACAUCUUUCAGCGAAUAUAUUGCAAACGAUUACAGAUGCUUUUAGAGAACUACCAUUUUUGGUACUUUGGAAAAUAGGAAACACCACAAUGAUAAACAAGCCAGAAAAUGUAUUAACGGACGUGUGGUUCCCACAGCAGGAAAUUCUUGCUCAUCCAAACGUAAAAGCAUUCAUAACGCAUGGCGGAGCCCGAUCGCUGGAGGAAGCGUUGUUUUACGAAGUACCAAUAAUAGGUUUGCCUAUACUGCGUUCCAGCAAAGUACUAAUAAGUGAAUUAACUCGACAUGGCGCAGGAGAAGUAUUAGAAAUUUCUUCAAUAGAAAAGGAAACUUUAAAAAAAGUUAUAAAUGAUGUCGCUACCAACGUACAAUAUAAAAACGCAAUUGUGAACUUAAAGAGCAAGGUGGUGACUCCCAUGAUAUCGGGCCCAGAAAAUGCGUUGUGGUGGACAGAAUACGUUCUUCGUAAUGGAGGAGCGAAGUAUCUACGUUCCCCAGCUGUAGGGGUCACGUUCAUUAAAUAUUACAUGUUAGACAUAGCCUCAAUAAUUCUGUUUGUAUCAAUAUCUCUAUUGCUGGCUACAUUCUUUAUAUUAAGAAUAAUUUUCAGACGCCUUCGUCAACGAUUCCUUGCCAAAUUCGACAAAAAGCAUAAAGCAUUGUAA